ACGCGGGCACUUUGUUGUUGUUGGUCCGACCAGUUGGGCGGUGCGCUAAUUUCACUGUUAUAUUCUUGUUAAUAAUAAUAGUGACUAAAUAUUGUAUUCCCUCACGUAUUAUUUGAUUUCUCUUGUGGAAAGUAAAUUCAGUGUGCAAAUGACUGGGGAUUCAGCAAGUUCCCAAUUUGGCAACGCAUUUUCUGGUGCAAUUCUCUUGGCCCUGGGAUUUACUUUCGAGUGCUGCGUAGAUCGGUUGUUUUUUUCUCAUCAUAAGUGAAGUGACGUCAAACGGGAAAUAUACAAACGACUCUUUGAGUUUUCCGCGUGGCUUCGGUGCUUUGUUUUGUUUUUUUGUGAGUGUAACAGCCACUGAACAGAGGAUUUUUGUGGGUUAAAAUAACUUCAAACCAUGCGAGUUUGGCUGAUGCAACCAGAAGAAAUAGUGAUGCAAAUAGAACCAGAAGUUGCGGCAACAUCAGAUAUUGCAGCUACAGAAGCAACAUCAAGUUAGUUUGCAGCAAUCGAUGCAAAAAGUGCAACAAUUUCGAGUGCAAUACAAGAAAACAGGAGCAUUUAGAGUCUUCUAUCACUGCUCCUAAAAACAUUAGAUAUUGCAUCUACAGGAGCAACAUUUGCGGAGAUUUGAAGUGCAGCAUCAGCAAAAAAGGCUCGAAAGUGAGACACCGCCAGCAAUACUGCGGAGCAGCAAUAGCAACACCUGAACAAACAGGCUGCAACAGGCAGCGGCAAAGGUGCAACACUGAGGCAGCAGCAACAUGCUGCUGGCGGAAAUCGCAGCCAAGCAAAACAUGUUGGCGCCCUCUGGUGCGGCAAUCAAGCGAAAGACCGAACAAGAGCAACAACAGCAACGUAAACAGCACAGGAGCAACAUCAACAACAGCAACAUAGACAACACAAGCAACAGGCAGCAGGGCAAAAUGUAUUACAAUUCCAAUACGCGACCUUUUUGGAUGAAAUUCAGAUCGGCAGCCAGUACGAAUCAAACGACCAUAUUCACCACUAACAACGAUAUGUGCAAUGCAGCAGCAGCAGCAGCAGCAGCAGCAACAACAGCAACUGCAGCAGCAACAGCAACAGCAGCAACAUAUGAUAAAAUGCAACGUUGCAACCAGAACAACGGCAACAGCAACAUCCAAACGACUAGCAACACCAGCGGCAGCGGCAACAACAACAAGCGCUGCCCACCGAAGUACACCGGCAACAACCUAGCAGCAACCACAAAUGGCAUGAUGGCCUACCAACAGCAGCAUCCACAAGCUGCGGCAGCAACACUGCAGCACGGCAGCAGCAAGCAUGCCACUCGCAGGGGCCGCUAUAACAACAGCAACAAGCAACACCAGCAACAGCAAUUCGCGAAUAUUCAGAAGCGGAAUGGAAUCCCUGGGAUCACCGGAAGUGAGUCCUCAUCCUCGCCCUCGACAGCCACUUCCACCUGGCUGGAGCGGGGCUACGGACAUCGGUUGGCCAAUUCUUCAUGCAUCGAAGACAAAUUCCUUGGGCAGCACAAUCCGGGCCAUCGCAAUAGCACCAGCAGCGAGGCUACCAGCGAGGACAUCGACUCCAGCAGGGAGCAUCUGAACAAGCCCAAGGGCAAUUCGGGCGGUGGUAACGGCGGCAACGGUUGCAACAACCAUGUUGCAGGCGUCAAAAGGUGCCGCUCUAAGCGAAAUAAGAAAUCGUCCGGCCAACAUAUCCGUAAUCCUGACCAGAUGGGCCAGAAGGCCGAAGGCCCUGCCUCUAUUGUGGGCCAAAAGACCAAGCAGACAACCAAUGGCAAGUGGCGCCAACAGCAGCCCAAUCCCAACGGCAACAACCCACAGCAGCACCACCAGCAGCAGCAGCAUCAGCAGCAGAAGCGUGGUAGCAACAAGAAGACAGGAAAGUGCAGCAGCAACAUUGGACAACAUCCCGGCAGCAACAACGCCAAGCACGGCGGCAACAACCAGCGCAAGACCUGCGACAGCAGCUCCUCCUCGGCCUUGAGUUCACCCACCAGCUCGCCCACCAGUUCCCCCCAUGCCAACGGAAACCGGAAGCGUAUUGAGCGCUCCUUAAUGCCGGGAGCCGCUCUGGAAUGGCGCCGGGAGCGCGAACGCGGUCGCCAGAAUGCCAACUUCUUGGUGCCCCCACUCCGGCAGUACGAGCAAUUGGAUCUGGACGAUAAGACCCUGGUGCAGCAGCUCCGGCGACAUGUCAUCGAUCACCAUCUGCUAAGAGUCUACGGCUUUCCGGUGGAGUCCGUGGUCCAUGAGGGCGCCAUCGAGAUCUUCAAGUGCCUGCCGCACAUGAGUUUCGCAGCGGCCCUGGCGGAAACUGCCCCGGCAGUCACACUGAUUAACUGCCACGACGGACUGACCAACCGAGUUGCUGUUGAGGAGGAGGUGGCCACCUCGAGUGACUCCGGCAACAGUUCUCCCCGCUCUCUGGACUCCGAGUCCGGAGGUGAGUGGAGCGGCAGCGAAUGCGAGUCCUCCAACUCAUCAUCAUCGUCCGCCUCCUCAACAGGCGAUGCCGAACUUAGUCUGGAGCUUAAGUACUGCCAGUACGUCCAGGUGGAGCGCAGUCUGGCCAAGCCGUGUGCCCGCUGCAAGCGUCACUUCCUGGUGGACGAGCUGACGGGCGAGUAUUUGACGCGCGAGGAGUGCCACUACCAUUCGGGCAAGUACCAACGCUACUUCGAUGGCGUCUGCCACGGCCGCUGGACGUGCUGCAACGAGGGCGAUGAAUCCUCGCCGGGCUGCUGCCUGGGCGAUCGACACGUGUGGACUGGUUCGGUGGUGGGCGUCAAUGGGCCCUACUACGACUUUGUGAGGACCCAGUACAGGGAGCGGAUGACAGCAAACUCCGACGACGAGCCGGCCGUGUACGCUCUGGACUGCGAGAUGAGCUAUACGGGACGUGGCCUGGACGUGACCAAGGUCUCACUGGUGGCCCUCAACGGGCAGCUGGUGUACGAGCACUUUGUGCGGCCCGAAUGCGACAUAAUCGACUACAAUACCCAGUAUUCGGGCAUUACGGAGCGGGAUCUGCGUUCCGGCGCCAAGAGUCUGGCCGAGGUGCAACGGGAUCUCCUCGAGCUGAUUGCGGCGGACACCAUACUGAUUGGACACGGACUGGAUAACGAUCUACGCGCCCUGCGCCUGGUACACAACACCUUGAUCGAUACCUCGAUCAGUUUCCCGCACUGCAGUGGGUUUCCAUACCGCCGGGCACUGCGCCACCUGACCAAGGUCCAUCUGAAGCGGGAGAUCCAGUGUGGUGAUGGGACCACAGGACACAGCAGCUUCGAGGACUCGCGGGCCUGCAUGGAGCUGAUGCUGUGGCGCAUCAACCGGGAACUGGACCCCACAUGGAUCUGGGACGAUUAAGGGAGCGGGGCGGGGGAGGAUCGAGGAUCGAGGAUCGAUCGGUCCGCGGGGGCGGGGGUUGAUCAAACACAAUGGGGGCCAGCAAGUACUUUUAGUCGUUAAGCCAGUUUAGGAUCGCCUAGUUUGUACUGUAUUCAAGAAAAAACACAAUCCUAAAAUCUCAGCUGGGUCGCUCACCUGGCAAUUGGUCUCUAUAACACUGAUGUAUCCGAUGUAUCCGGGUUAUACACCUAGAUAUAGGGCCCCAUUGCCAGGUGCUAGCCCCAGCGUAUACAUACAUAUAUCAAGUAAAUCGCAAAAUUGAAAUGACAAAAAUGGCAAAAAAGCAUGCAAAAAUAGUAGCAUAAUCAUAUAUUUAUAUGCGAUACAUAAGGUACAUUUUGUAAGCGUAUAUUUAUAGAGAACAAUAGAACUUUAAUCUACAUAUGUAUAUACACUAAUUGUUUUUUUUUUCUUGAUUAAUUUCGAACCACGAGAAAAUGUACUGAAGUUUUAGCUGUGAUGUUUUUUUCACUUUCUCACAUAUUUACACGACAAACGAAAAUGAAAAGUAAAAGCAAAAAAAAAAAAAUAGAAAAAUACAAAAAA